AUGAUCAAUAUUUCAACUGAAUUAUUGAAAAUAAAUCCAAAUAACGAAGAAGAGAUAUUGCAUAUCCGAGUUCAAGCAUAUACUAAAAUCGGUAAAUAUGACAAAGCUUUAGUCGAUCUGAAUAGAUUAUUAGAAAUUAAUCCUAAUAACAAAGAGAGAUUGGGUAUUCGAGCUCAAGCAUAUACUGUGAUUA